UCGACGAAAAAUGAAAAUACUUUCCGAGGGGUAUAACGGCGUUUCCAUUAUUUCUUUUGGUGAAUGGCAGAGUUUUUGCCGAGGAGUGUAACGGAGUUAAGAUUCGCAAAAGGGCCCAAAAGGAAGGCGGUAGAAAACCAGGAGAGCGCGCUUCUCGGCAAGUCUUUGGGAAAGGCCUUUUGUGGAGAAAUUAGGGUUUUAGGAUUGUUCUCGGCAAGGCUUCCAUAAAAAUGGGUGGAGUUGUUCCUUCUGAUGUGGAUAAUCGGCGGCGUUUGCCUCAAUGGAUGCUGCGUGUUUCUGCUGCUAAGCAGGUGAGGAAGAAUGAUACUGUAGAAGAAAACAGCAUGAACUUAGAGGAAGGACUUAUGUCUCAUCCUGGAAAAGAGCACUUGGUUCUUGCAAAGGAAAUGUUGUUAGAAAAUUCACAUUGCCGAUCAAAAUGCGAUCCAAAGAGAAGAAAAAGAAAUUCGAAACAGCAGGACACUGACUGUGAGAGUAACGGCCCUGAAACUUUGCCAGAUAAGGAGAAUAAUGAAGUAGGGAGAAGAAAAGUUUCUGCUGCUAGGAAAAGAAGAAAAUCAAAUAUUUCGAAGUUCGGAAGUAGUGAGGAAUUAGAAGUCCAGCCUCUGGAUGUCGAUGAUGUGGAACUGACGGUGGAAGAUCUAAUGAUCAUUGCUGAAGAGUAUGUCAGAAAAGAUAAGAACAUGGACCAAGAACAAGCAUCAAAUGGAAAGUGUGAAUCAGAAAGCAGACUUUCAACUAGAAUCUCUCCCACAUCUGAAUCUGAAGGUUUUGCUGAUGGCCAUAAUUUUGACCGGACAUCACCUACUCAAAAUAUUAGCAAUUCUUACAAGUCAAACAGGAGGUCUAAGAGUGAACAAGCUGGCAUCAGUGCCAGCAUCACUGGGGAUCCUGCUCGUGAUAUGCUGGAUCUGUUUUUAGGUCCAUUGCUGAAGAAACCCCUACAGAAGGAAAGGAAGACUGAAUUUGUGAUGGAUGACGUUGCAAUUUGCCCCAAAUUCGAAAUACAAAGCCAGAAAAAUAUGGUUAUGGAAGAAGUAGCUACCAUAACAAAAAAAAAGAGCAGUCUCAAAGACAAAGUAGCGAUGCUUCUUGACUGAUAAGAUAUUCAAAUGUGUUAAACAUUGGCACAAACCUGUCCAGUACAAUAAGCUCCAAAAAUACUGAGAUGUAACAUAUAAUAUGAAGAGUAACAGGAUCCAUACAGCAGAUUCGAUCUCUUAACCCAGAAUGACACUUAGCUAAGUGUACAUUGUUAACAUCUGAUCUUGAUUUCUAUCCCUAGGGUGUCAUUUAUUCUUUAUUCUGCUAUGUACACCUGCACGCUAGUAGCAGCUUAUGAGAAAUUGAUAUAGAACAUUGAUAAUUUUUGUAAAUAUUUUUUAUAUAUAGUAAAUAUUGGCAACUUGUCCGUUUGGUUAA